UUACAUCUGACACUGAUAUAAGCUUCAGAGCUUUUCUCUCUUUCUUUUCACAAUACAGAUUCCUCAAAUCUCGAAACAUCACCACUGUUAUGGCAAUCACGCCUUCAUCUUCAUCAUCAUUAUCACAAUCAUUACCAUUACCAUUACCAUCAUCAUCUCAUUGAUUGACCAAUUCCAUCAAACCCUCUUUGAUUCAGUACUAUGCGUUAGGGUUACUCCAUCUCUGAGUAACACCGAACUUCUUCUGCUCAAAUUAGAAGCCCAUCAAUGUCUAAGGACAACUCUUCCGACCGAUUCCUCUUUUCGAAGACCGCACGAAACGAAGGAAACGAGAAUGACUUCGAAACCGAACCGAGUGCAACUCAUUUCCCCCCUCCGAGAACACCUCUCAACUCAAUUCCAGAUCCCUCUCAGUACCACCGAGAAACUCAAGACCCCGAUUUCGAGUCCAAGGAUAAACUGGGGAGUACCCGAGCAAACCCUAGGAUUUUCGCGACUCCUAGGGUUUAUGGCAGGGGAAAAGCACAAUCAGAGCCUAACUCCGUGCAAACUACUCCCGUGAGGAGUGUUUAUAGGGUUUCGAAUGUUGGAUCAACGUCGGGGAAUUUUGGUGUGUCAAGGGCUCCUCAGUAUUCUGGAGCUAGAGGAGGGAGUUUUUCUAGGGUUUCUAGAGGGAUUCCACUUUUGAAUUCUGAGCAGUCCAUUGAAAUCCCACAUUUCGAGCUGGUGGAAGAUCCUUAUUUCUGGAGGGAUCACAAUGUGCAGGUUUUGAUACGGAUUAGACCGCUGAAUAAUACGGAGAUGGUAUCUCAAGGUUAUGGCCAGUGCUUGAGGCAAGAGAGUGCGCAGACGUUAGUAUGGCUUGGCCAUCCCGAAGCCAGAUUUACUUUUGAUCACAUAGCAUGCGAAACGAUAUCACAGGAAAAGCUCUUCAGGGUUGCUGGAUUGCCCAUGGUGGAUAAUUGCAUGUCUGGGUAUAAUAGCUGUAUGUUUGCUUACGGGCAGACGGGUAGUGGGAAAACACAUACCAUGAUGGGUGAGAUAUGUCAGAUGGAUGGCAAGCUCAAUGAAGAUUGUGGCAUUACUCCUCGUAUUUUUGAGUAUUUGUUCACAAGGAUUAGUGAGGAAGAGGAGGGCAGAAGGGAUGAAAGACUGAACUACAGCUGCAAAUGUUCCUUUCUUGAGAUAUACAAUGAGCAAAUAACAGACCUCCUGGAGCCUUCAUCAAGCAAUCUUCAACUCAGAGAAGACCUAAAGAAAGGGGUAUAUGUUGAAAACCUUACAGAACAUAGUGUGAACACUGUUGACGAUGUUCUCAAGCUUCUGUUACAGGGUGCUGCGAAUAGGAAAAUUGCAGCAACCUAUAUGAAUAGUGAGAGCAGCCGGUCUCAUAGCGUCUUCACAUGCACAAUCGAAAGCCACUGGGAGAAAGACUCUACUACCCACAUUAGGUUUGGAAGGUUGAAUUUAGUAGAUCUAGCUGGUUCAGAAAGGCAGAAGAGCUCUGGGGCAGAAGGAGAUCGUUUGAAAGAAGCGGUGAAUAUAAACAAAUCGUUGUCAACUCUUGGCCUGGUGAUAAUGUCUUUGGUGGAUGUAGCACACGGGAAACAUAGACAUGUACCGUACAGAGAUUCCAGAUUAACAUUUCUCCUUCAGGAUUCUCUUGGUGGGAACUCGAAGACAACUAUUAUUGCAAAUGUUAGCCCAUCUAUUUGUUCUGCAAAUGAGACAUUGAGCACUUUGAAGUUUGCUCAGCGUGCCAAACUUAUACAGAACAAUGCUAAAGUAAAUGAAGAUGCUUCAGGCAAUGUAACAGCAUUGCAGAGGCAAAUCCAGCAGUUACAGGGCCAGUUGUCCUUUUUAAUGGAACAUUACAACGUUUCGAAGCCUGUUUCGAAUUUUGUGCCAAAGUUACAACAAUCUAACUUGGGUCAUUCAUUAGAGGGAAACAUGUGUGAUGAUCAUAACACACAAAUGGCUGGGAACAGGAAGAUGGUUUGUUUGGAGGCUACAUUAGUUGGUGCCCUCAGGAGAGAGAAAUUGGCUGAGACUGCAGCAAGGAGAUUGGAUGCUGAGAUUGAACAAAUGAACCGCUUAGCUCAGCAAAGGGAAGAGGAUGCCCAGCGUGCAAAAAUGAUAUUAAGGUUCCGAGAGGAAAAAAUAAAAAGACUAGAGUUGUUUGCAGAUGGUCUACUCUCUGCUGACAAGUAUCUUAUGGAGGAAAACAAUAUUCUAAAAGAGGAGAUUCAGCUGCUUCAAGGAAGGAUUGAUAGGAAUCCGGAGUUGACCCGGUUUGCGUUGGAGAACGUUAGACUCCUGAACCAGAUAAGAUUGUUUCAAGAAUUUUAUAAACAAGGAGAGCGAGAAAAAUUGCUUGCUGAAAUUUCAGAAUUGCGUAAUCAGCUUUUGGAAACUCUUCAAGGAAACUAUGGCAUGCAUAAAUUUGUGUACGGAACAGAGCAGGAUAAUGAUGCUAUAAAGGAGGUGGAAGACUGCAAGAACAUGAACUCCAAACUUAUGAGGGAAGUUGAUGAAUUACGAGAAGAACUGAGAAAAUACUGUCACCAAGCUGUAUGUGGUUCAGCUGCAGAUUUCUUAGUCAAGUAUCCAGAGGAACUCAAGCAAACAGAUACAUGUUCAGUGUUGUCAGGUCUGUUACAGGUCGAAACUGUAUCAAACAGAAGUGAUUCAGGAGAUGAGAUGGCAUCUUGCAAUCAGCAAGAGGGUGAAGUUCUAAAUUACAGUGACAAGAAGAUCGGUGAUGCCUUUGUUAUGCGGUCUAGUUGCCCUCAAGAAGAGUUAUUGCAUGCAAGAUCCUUGAUUGAAACAAUGGAAUCCGAGCAGGUCCGUCUGAUCAAAGAGCUGCAGCUUAUGCAGGAGGAGAAUUGUAUAUACCGGGAAAUCCUAAGCAAUAAGGACCUGAUAGACAGAGAAUCUGUGCUUAAGCUUGAAAACUUCUGCAAGGAGAAAAGUGAUUUUGAAAAUAAAAGAGAGGCUGUUGAUAUGGGAAACAGCAACGAUAUCAGGUCAGUGUCUUUGCAAGCUAAGUUGGACAAGAUGAUCAAGGAACUUGACGAGGCUCGGUCACUUAAUUGCCAAUAUCAAGAGGAUCAAGUAACGCAGCUAUCUUGGAAGCACCAAACUGAAUUAGUCUGUGAACAAGUUGAGAUGGAAACAGCUAAAACAAUUCUUCAUUUACAGGAAGAGGUGGCUGCCCUUCAGUCAGAACUUGAGAAGAGAUUAUGUUACACGGCUGAAGAAAAUAUGAGACUGAGAGACAAAGUAGCAGCUAGAGAGGAUGAAAUUAGGGUGGUGUCGAUGGAGUGGGAAAGGGCAACUUUGGAGCUAACAAGCUUUCUUAUAGAGGGCUCUAAAUCCCUCAAAGAUGCCUCCGGCCAGAUAGAAAGCAUUGCUUGUUCAUUUCCUCAUGAAAAUGUUUGUCUUGGUGAACAGGUUGAGAGGGCUGCUAAAGUUUGUGUUGAAAAAGAAGUAACAAUUCUACUACUACAUAAAAGCCUGGAGGAUGCGCGAAUGUUGGUAUUGGAAAUGGAGCAGAAGUUAAAGUCCCUUAAGGGAGCAACAGUGGCUUUAACUGAAGCUCAGCAGCAUGAUAAUGAUGCAAGCAUCAAGGAGGCAAUUCAGUUGUCUAUGCUGUUGAAUUCUGAUGUCAACAUGAUUGAUAUGUUAGAGAACAAACUAACAUACAAGGAGGAUCCUUGUACUGAAGCAGAAAACGAUGCUAAUGGUGUAUUCUCGGGGGAGAACAGGCUCUCUGAUUGUGCAGAGGUUUUUCUCAGAAACAAUUCUGAACAAGAUAUUUCCGUGUUAAAAACUGCUAUUUCCUCUGGAGUAGGAAACCAACAAAUUUGUGAGAUGAAGGCUCAUGAAAAUGGUUUAGCCCUAGAUGAUAUGAAAGGUCCACUUGAGCUGGCAAGGGUGGUACUGUUGGAAAGUACGGAUGUUAUUUACACAUGUUGUGCUGACACUGAAAUUUAUUUAUCAGCCCUCCAGAGUGACGUUCACGAGGCUUCUUCUCUUUAUAGGGAGUUGGUUCAGGGCUUUGUGGAAAAUAUUCACGAGAUGAGGAAGAACUUUGUGGAGUUAAAGGAAAAUUGUAGAAAUUGUAGAUUGCAGAGGGUGGAAAUUCCAUCAAGUGAAGAAAAGAUCCCAGAGCAGGAAAACCAGUAUUUUCUGCUACAGAAAAUAAGAGACGAACUCUCUGAAACAAAUGACAGACUGAAUACAAUAAGAGGUUGCAUUUUCAAAUUAUGGACUACACAUGAUUCCUCAGUUAGAGCUGAAGAUUUAGUAGAAGAAUUAGAUACAUGGAGUGCUGUUUGUUCUACUUCAGGCUCUGAUCCUUCAGCUGAAUCUGUUGCUCCAGAAAAGAGUUUAUAUGGAUCUUCAUCUACUUGCUGCAAUGUUUAUCUUGGAGAAAUAAGUGAACAAGAGCUAGACCUUGAAGGAAGCUCAACAUCUUCCACUGAUGUUAAUGAAUUACAGAAGUCCUCAGGGCUUAUCAAGAGUUCGAUUCAUGACAAAUCAACAAAACUGCAUUUGAAAGAAGAACUCAAGAAAGCCAACGAUGCUUUCAAUGACGUAAAUGUUCAGUUUGCAGCACUUUUCCAGACGACAGAAAUUGGAGAUUGGUCUAACACAGGUGUAUGUUUCCAGGAAUCACCUGGUUUUGUGAAUGGUAAUAAGAAGCAUAUGGUUAGCAGAGGAUUUAAUCAGCACAAAAAAUUGGAGGUGAGUCCAGAGCUCCAAGCUUUUGAGUUGAUAAUGCGGGAAGCAGAAGCAGGCUAUUACAAUGUGAGAGAGCUCAUCAGUCAUCAAAAAAUAAGUCAGGCCAGUAGCUUCUUCACCAAAUUUGAGGAAGCCCAUGCAACUAUGAAAGAAGCUGAUGUCAUGCUAAAUGCUUUGCUGAAGGCAAAUCAAAAUGCAAAAGAAUUGACUGGUGUGUGGAAACAAGCAGGUGAAGAAUUGAUGGUGGAGAAAGAAGGCUUGAUUAAAGAAAUUGAACAACUAAAAGUGUUUAUCUGUUUGAAAGAUGGAGAGACUGAAAUGCUGCAGGAUCAGAUUCAUUACAAUUUGCAAGAAGUAGAAAAUUCAGUAUCCCUACUUGAAGAGUCUUUUCUGCGCAUGCAAAGAGAUGUGGAGGAAAUGUUCAAGGUCAUAUAUUCCGAUUCAUUAACAAUGGCAAAGGACAUACUACACUGCUUUUGCAACUCAAGAUCAUCCUUGGAAGACAUUUGCUCUGAGACAAUGGGGCAAGGAUUCGCCCCACUGAGACUGCACCAGUACCAUGUUGGAAAAUCUCCCAAUCUCAGUAGAGAUCCUGGCUUCCAUGAAGCCCGACUCCAAGAAAGAUGUCUAGUAAUGAAUACAUCGGUAAGUGAACCUACCACUGUCGUCAAUGGUGUGAGAUGCGUAGAGGAAGGAGAUCAAAGUACACUUUCCAAAAAGUUGGAAAGUAGAGAGUCAUCUCCAGCUGAUGAUGAUCUUAUGGAUGAAAAUUUGUUCCUAAAGAAAGAGUUAGAGCGGAAAGAAGAAGUAUUGAAGGGUUUGCUUUUUGAUUUUAGCUUGUUGCAAGAAUCAGCUUCCACCAUAAAGGACAUGAAAGAUGAAUCUGAAAAACUAAUUGUUGUUUUAAGCCAAGUGCAGCAAGAGUUACAAAUGAAAACAAAUCAGCUCAAUGACGUGCUGGUUCAGAACACAAAACUAGAAGAUCGUUUGGUUGAUACCGAAACUGCUCUAUUUAUCUCAGAUUCUCAUCUUGAGCAAGCUAAAGGAACAGUUGACAUUUUAUCAAACCAAAUUGCUGAGUUGAGAAUGCUCUUGGAGGAUCUUUACCUCGGAAAAUCAGAAGUUGAGGUCCAAUUGGAAGAACAGAGGGAGGUUGUCAAAAGUUUAGAAGAAGAAAUUCUCCGAAUCAAUUCUUCGUCGGAGACAAAACUAGUUUCUUCAAUUGAAGAUAUGGAAGAUGAUUUGAAGAGUGUCACCAUUGAGAGAGACCAUCUCCGAGAACAGGUUGGCUCCCUGCAAGAUAGGCUUGAACUGGCUUAUUCUUUAGUUGAUGAAAAUGAAGCUAUAACUGUUGAAGCCCGACAGGAAUCAGAAGCAUGUAAAGUAUAUGCUGAGCAAAAGGAAGAGGAGGUUAAGAUUUUAGAACGUUCUGUCCAGGAGCUUGAGUGUACCGUCAAUGUUUUGGAGAAAAAGGUGAAUGAAAUGGAAGAGGAAGUAGAAAAACACAAGCUAACAAGAGAUUCUCUUGAGUUUGAACUCCAAGCGCUUAAAGAGAGAAUGCUAACAGUAGAAAACUUCACAGAAGUUAUGGGUUCUGAUAACUCGGAUGUCGAGCAACAACCUGAAGAUCAACUUUCUAGGCAACUGCAUAAUAAAUCCGUGGAACUUCACGAGGCAGUCAAGCGGAUAAGACUUCUUGAAGAAGAAAAAGCAGAACAGUCUAAAGAGAUGAAACAAUGCAAAGAGUACAUCUCUGAGCUAGUUUUGCAUGCUGAAGCACAGGCAUCACAGUAUCAACACAAGUACAAGACCUUGGAGGAUAUGGUUCGUGAUGUGAAAAGCGAUGAACCAACUUUGACAUCUGCAGCAUUGUCAUCAGAGAAAACAGAGAAAAGCUCAAUGAGGCAAAGGGGUUCUAGCUCACCAUUCAGAUGCAUUUCAAGUUUGGUUCAGCAGAUGAACGUGGAGAAGGACCAGGAGUUGUCACAGGCCAGGUUUCGUAUAGAAGAGCUAGAGGCAUUGGCAGCUAGUAGGCAGAAAGAGGUAUGUAUGCUGAAUACCAGACUGGCUGCAGCAGAAAGCAUGACACAUGAUGUUAUUCGUGAUUUACUUGGUGUUAAAUUGGACAUGACAAAUUAUGCAAACUUGGUAGAUCAAUAUCAGCUUCAAAAAUUGAUGGAAGACACACAUCUACAAGCACAAGAGUCAAUUGCAAUGGAGCGAGAAAUUCACGAUCUUCGGAGGCAGAUGAAUGAUUUAGUUGACGAAAGAGAGAGAUGCAUUUCGGAAGUAUAUAGAAGACAAAAUGAUGUACUUGCUGCCGAAAUCACUGUUGAACAACUACAAGAACGGGAGCAGUUGCUUGCCGCACAAAAUGAAAUGCUGAAGGUGGACAAUAGCAAUUUGAAGAGGAGGAUUGUGGAACUGGAUGAGAUGGUGAAGAAACUAUUUGGAACGCAAAAUGUACCUCUUCAAAUUCAACAACAGAGGAAGAACAAGGAGAACUUGUUGAAGCAGCAGGAUAGCACUGAUCUUACCAGGCAAUUGGCUAAGUCAGAAAAAAUUAUUUCCAGAGUGAAUGACGAACUAGCUCAGUAUCGUAGCUUUGAAAGGCAGAGACAGACUUGAUGUAUUGCAUGUUAUAGAAAGAAGAAUGAGGCAACAGAAGGUGCCAGGCUCAUUCUAGUUAAACUGUAUAGUGGGUAUGCAGUCCAGUAUAACUUUACUACUGAAAGAGAGUCAAGGCUAGAGCUUGGGAAUGUGGAAGAGGAGACUGUUCGGAUUGUUCUUCCAGUGCUCUUCCAGACUAACAAGAGGUGAUUAUCACUUCCUCUAUUUUCCUGCCAUUUCAUUUUCGUGGGGUUCAGAACAUUAGUUCCUGACCCAACAGAGUCAAUUUAUCGGGUAAUGUGGUUCUAUGCCAACGGGAUGUCCAAUCAUAUUGGACAUUAAUGUAUUGUAAAGUGCAUGCAAGUCACACGAAUGCUCGGAGUUAAUUUUCUUUUGCUGGCUCCGUGCAAUUUUUUUUUUUCUUCUGUUUUUGAGUGAGUGAGGGGAUAGUCAUUUGUAAGCUUUUUGUUUUUGUUUUUUUUUUGUGUGUAGCAUGGAGACAUUUGCUGUAUAUUUCGCUUUUUUCUCACCAAACCAGUGAAAACGUGUUAAUUCUUGGUUUGUUUCAUCCCAUU